AUGGCGGCUGGACACGAGCAUGGCGGAGAUGGUCUUCUGACGCAAAUCGAUGGUGGUGAUAUGGUCGGCUUUCCUAUAUUCCCGAAGCAGACUGUGCUGCCAUCUUGCAGCUUAACGCAGCGCCAGGGUGCCGCCAGGCUGGAGCUGAUGAUCGCUGAUGAUUGUCUCUUGUCGUCAGUGGUCGGGCUACCAACCCCACAAAUAUGCCCUUGCAGACUGCCACCUCCACCCUGUGAGCCGUGCCAAGCACUAGACGAAGAUGGACAGAUAUCGGCCAACACCGAUGGAAACCUCCGAGUGAAGAUUCAGAGGGACAAUUUACCGGAAUCAUUACAAGGAUUCCAGCCUUAUCCAGUUCCAGGAGGAUGUUUCUUUGUUCGCCCCAACCCUGAUAUCGUCAUCCAGCCACCUCCAAUCGUGGUCCGACCACCAGAGCCCAAGCCGAUCCAACCACCCGCAAUCGAGGUUCAACCAUCCCAAAUACCUCCAAUCACCCCUCCGCCGUUGUACGUCCGACCCCCUCAAAUGUGUCCAAUAAACGUGCCCCCAAUUUGUGUUAGGCCAAGACCUCUACCCCCAAUAACACCACCGCCAAUUAUAGUCCGACCACCCUGUCCCCAGCCAAUUCAACCACCAGCGAUAACCAUCACCCAACCAGAGUUGCCUAAUAUAAUACCACCACAAAUUGUGGUGAGACCACCAAGCCAAGCUAAUAUUCAGCCACCUACCAUCUACAUUAGGUCAAAUAUGUUGGAAAACUAUCAAAAUAAUGAACCUUGCCAGCAACAAAAUUACGAGAUGCCGUCCGAUGAUGCUCCCUGCCCCUGUAUGUGCUCUGGUUACAACUGAAAUAGUAAAAAAUAACUUCCGUAAAAGUAUAUAGUCUUUGACAAAUCCGUAAUACACAUGCGCAUCCCUCGUCCUUAAUUUUCUACAAAAUAUCCGUGGCUCGAUAAAAACUUAAAACCAUUAGAAAUUUACGUAGCGUCAGCGUAAUCUGACCAAAAUAUUUCUGUUAAAGUUCUAUCUUAAAACUACUAAAAUUUUGACAGAUAUUUGUUAUCUGACAUCGUUUGUUAUCUGUCAAAAUUCUAACUCUAGUACAGAACACAGAUAUAAAAUACAAUGACGCAAUCUCAAACAAAAUCUAAACAUCAAAUUGUAGCAUUCUCAUUCUGACGCCGCAUUGAAAUAUUAUAUUCUUGUACAUAUUUCUGUCAAACACAAUUCCUAUAGAAGAAAUGUGUUACGCUCUAAUUAAAUGCGCAUUCAAUUGAUCAAAAGCAUUAUUUGUUAUUAAUGAAGAAAAUUGUAUAAAAUUUAUUAAUUUAAAUAUAAGUUUUGUAAACUUUCAAUCAA